GUCAAAUGUGUUUUUGUCUCUGAUCAUUCAUCAAUUUUAGGUAAAUUGGAUUUUGAAAAUAAUAAUUAUACUUUGUCGAGUGCUGCAGCGCUGGGAGAGAAGGGCGAAGUAAAGGUUGGGGGUUGUGGAAGAGUGUUGGGAGAGAAGGACGAAGUAGAGGUUGGGGUUGUGGAGGAUGGAUUGGGGGAUGAAUUGGAUGUUUUCCACCAUGGUUGCAAUUUGAUUUAAAAAUUUAACUUUUUUAAAUAUAAAAACUCACCAUUAAACCAGGUUAAGAACAGUAAUGUGUCAUGUCAGUACUAUUUGGAAGUCUCAUCAACCCACGCAUCAAUUUCUUUAACGCCGUCCAACCAAUUUAACGGAAAGGUUUCAAUUGAUUUCAAUUUUCAAAAUUAAGGACCAUUUUAAUACACUUUAGAAAACGAGGACCUAUAUGAGACAAUCCUACACAAAUAGGGACAAUCCUACACAAAUAGGGACGUGGAAAAGGAUUAAACCUUUUUAUUUUGUAUCUGUUUGAAAGUCAGUAUAAAAAGUUUUUUUUAAUUGAUAUAAAAAGCCUUUUACAGUAGAAUUAUGAACUUGAUUAGUUACGUAUAAAUAAUUAAUUGCCGGAAAUUUACCUUAAACAAGAAUAUUUUUUUUUAACACCCAACUUCAAUUGGUGGAAGUCUCUGAUCAUUGAAUGAGAGAGAAACUUUUGGGAUAUUAUUGUUUGCAUGAAAGUGAGGUGAGUGCAGAUAAUAAAAUAUUCAAUGAGGUGGGUCUAAAAGCUUUGAUGUUGGUAAAGCAAUGUCAUAUUUUGUUGAUUUUUCAAACAGAAUACAAGUGUCUGUAUAAGAUUUUUUCAGUUGUUCUACUACUGUAUACAGUAUGAUCAGUAAAAUGAUGAACACGGAUGAUGUUGUGAUCCAUGUUAAAGAAAUUCUGGAGAGAGCAAGGCCACCCAUAACUAAAGAGUGUUGCAUUUACAGAGUACCUCAACUUAUUCGCCAACUAAACCAAGAAGCUUAUACUCCAAAGGUUGUUUCCAUAGGCCCUUAUCACCAUAAUAGUCUCCAUCUUCAGAAUAUGGAAAGACACAAAGUUAUGUAUUUGAAGUCAUUUCUUGAACGAACCAAUACAAGUAUGGAAAGCUGGAUCCACUAUAUAGCAUCUAAGGAGCCCCUAAUUCGUCACUGUUAUUCAGACGCACUUCAAUUCACCCCGAACAACCUGAUAGAGAUAAUCUCUGUGGAUUCAGGUUUUAUACUUGAACUCUUUUGGACAAGUAACUAUGGUACAGAUGACAUGUAUCUUUCAUUACCAUGGUUUGCAACUACCAUAUUUUGUGAUUUGUUGUUACUUGAGAACCAACUUCCUUUUUUUGUUCUUCAUGAUCUCUUUUGUCUGUCUGUGGCUAAUUUUGGAAAUAAUGACAUCCCUCCAUUCAUCCUACUUACCUUUGGAUACUUUCAGUCUCUCAAUGAGUCCAAUUUGUCUUCUGAUCCAACAUGUCAUCACUUCACGGAUCUCUUACGAACUUUUUACUUAUGUGGAAGAAAACAAACUACAAGGAGCGACCAAUGGCCACAUAUUCCAAGUGUUACUAAGUUGUCAGAAGCAGGAAUAAAGUUUGCAAUAACCGAAAGCAAGUGCUUACUAAACAUAAGCUUUUCAAGAAGGAUGCUUAAAAUCCCAAAAUUUAGAGUGGAUGAUUAUACUGAACUGUUGUUUCGCAACAUGGUGGCUUUGGAGCAGUUUCACUAUCCUGAUGAGGGAUACAUCACAGAGUAUGCCCUUGUUCUGCAAUACUUAGUGAACACGGGGAAGGAUGUGGAUAUUCUCGUUAGAGAUGGAAUCAUGGAAAACUUAUUGGGUGACAGUGAUGCUGCAGCUGAACGGACCAAGCGUCUCUGUAGAAACAUUGUUUUGUCAGAUUUCAGUUCUGAUUAUGUUUCUCUCUGGCAAGAGUUGGAUGCUUCGUAUAAAAGUCGUCGUCUUAAAUUGAAGUCAACCCUAAGACGCGAUUACUGUAAAGGGCCUUGGCAAACUGCUGCUACGAUUGCUACAAUUUUUCUACUUUGUCUCUCUUUGGUUCAAACAGUUUGCUCGAUCUUGCAGACAAAAUAGUAUUAGAAUGUUUCACCCCUUUCCAAGACUAUGUCAAUUAGUCUAUUUCUUUCUUGUUUGUCUUUUAUGUAUUUUUUUGGUUGUAUUUUAUUUUUUUGUGCUUUUCCUAGUUGCUCACUUGACAGUAACUCUACUCUCUUUAUGUUUUGUUUGUGUGCCCUUUUGCUGUCAAUUAUUAAUGUAUUGUGUUUAGUUAUUGUAAUGCAAGAAAAUUAGGUCACAUUUUUUUUUU